CAGUCAUUCAUUUCUCUGUUCAGUAGAAACAGAGUCAUGCUUGUCCUUUGUAGUCUCAAGACUCAAGAGUAAAUACUCCUGUCAUCUUGAUUCUUGACCGAACCCAACUCCUUAAGCCAACAUAAUUGAUAAUUACCAGCUCUGCUUCUUAUCAUCAUUUCUUUUGUUUUGGGGGUACAAUUGUCAUCAUUUCUGUAGAGCUUAAAGGAUAUCAUCUUCUCUUUUUUUCUCACCAUUUAAUUCAGUUUUCUCGUACAUAGAUAGAUUGUUUUUUUCUUGACUUGAAGCUUCUGUGCUCUUGGUUCUGUAUUCUUUAAUUGGUUUCUGCAAGAAAAGAUAGUAACUUUCAAGGGGCUUUGUGAGAUAAAAGCUUUCUGUGCUGGGAUUUGGUUGGAUUUGAGCUUUGUCGCCCGUUGAAGCUGAUCUGCAAGGAAUUAUCUCCGGAGGCAUUUGUUAAAAGGUGUCAUUUGCAUUUCAAGGGAGAUUUUGUCAGUGCACAAUCAAUUGCCAAUUAAUUCCAAGAAUCUUGUGCAAUUUGUUUUUAAAGGGAAGAUGAGUCAACCUAAAGUAAAGCGUCGAGUUGGUAAAUAUGAGGUGGGAAGGACCAUUGGUGAGGGAACAUUUGCAAAGGUGAAGUUUGCAAGAAAUUCUGAGACUGGGGAGCCCGUGGCUAUCAAGAUCCUUGACAAGGAGAAGGUUCUUAAACACAAGAUGGCGGAACAGAUAAAGCGUGAAAUAGCGACAAUGAAGUUAAUAAAACAUCCAAAUGUUGUGCGCUUGUAUGAGGUAAUGGGAAGCAAGACAAAGAUUUUUAUUGUUCUAGAAUUUGUUACUGGGGGAGAGCUCUUUGACAAGAUUGUCAACCAUGGACGGAUGAGGGAGGACGAAGCAAGAAGGUAUUUCCAGCAGCUCAUUAAUGCUGUUGAUUAUUGCCAUAGUAGAGGUGUUUAUCAUAGAGACUUGAAGCCAGAAAAUUUACUACUUGAUGCAUAUGGUAAUCUUAAAGUUUCUGAUUUUGGAUUAAGUGCAUUAUCCCAACAAGUCAGGGAUGAUGGCCUGCUUCACACCACCUGUGGAACGCCAAACUAUGUUGCCCCAGAGGUCCUUAAUGAUAGAGGCUAUGAUGGUGCAACUGCAGACUUGUGGUCAUGUGGGGUCAUCCUAUUUGUAUUGCUUGCAGGUUACUUGCCUUUUGAUGAUUCUAAUCUUAUGACCCUAUAUAAAAAAAUUUCAGCUGCUGAAUUUACUUGUCCACCUUGGCUCUCUUUAAGUGCAAUGAAAUUAAUAUCUCGAAUCUUGGACCCCAACCCUAUGACUCGCAUUACUGUACCAGAAAUAUUGGAGGAUGAAUGGUUUAAGAAAGAUUUUAAGCCCCCAGUGUUUGAGGAGAAAGAUGAUACAAACUUGGAUGAUGUAGAAGCUGUUUUCAAGGACUCAGAAGAACAUCAUGUGACAGAGAAGAAGGAAGAAGAAAAGCCAACUGCUAUGAAUGCAUUUGAACUUAUUUCUAUGUCAAAGGGGCUUAAUCUCGGAAAUUUGUUUGAGAUAGAACAGGAAUUCAAGAGGGAAACAAGAUUUACAUCAAAAUCUCCUGCAGAUGAAAUUAUCAAUAAGAUUGAAGAAGCUGCAAAACCUCUUGGAUUUGAUGUUCACAAGAAAAACUACAAGAUGAGGCUGGAAAAUAUAAAAGCAGGUAGGAAGGGAAACUUGAAUGUCGCUACAGAGGUAUUCCAGGUGGCACCUUCUCUUCAUAUGGUUGAGGUACGAAAAGCGAAAGGAGACACUUUGGAGUUCCACAAGUUCUAUAAAAAUCUUUCAACCUGCCUAAAGGAUGUGGUUUGGAAAACUGAAGAUGAUAUGCAAGAUGUGAAUGGAGGUUAAUGUUAGAGAAGCUAUGAUGAUCAUCUCUUCGGCAAGAUACCUUGUUAGAUAUUGUACUCAUGCCUGCUACAAUUUUUUAAUCUUUUAGUAUAUUAUUUCUUCUUUUUUGUAUUUUCCCCUUAGAAAUCGGUGUGGGCAUGGCUUUACCUUUGUUUUCCGUAUUAUUAUUGCUGGAAAACAUAGGUUAGUUCCUCCAGAAGUUCUGCUUGUAUUUGUCAAGAAGCUUGAAUGUGUGAAUUUCAUGAUGAAACAUGAAUAAAGAAAGGUUCUUUGUAAAA